ACCCGGGGGAGCCGCUGGAGCGAUGAGCGCGCCAUCAGAGAGGAGCGCCAAACAGGUGCAGGCUGCCAUCAAGAAGAAGGUGGAGAAGCAAAAGAAGCGAACCAACGACCAGGGCGGGGGUGGCGGAGACGCUCAAGCUGCUGCUCGCAAUCAAAAAUCCAAAUUACCCCCGAUGACGGCAGCAGAGGCGGGUGAGGACAGCGAAGCGCUGGAGGAACAGCUGGAGGAGUUGAUGGAGGGACCGCGGAGGAGAGAGAAGGAGAAGGAAGAGGAGCCCGUCGACCUGCUGCCCAUAGUGGACUCGGUGUUUGGACAGGACAGAGAGCUGCGGCCAGAGGAGAUCGAAGAGCUCCGUGAGGCAUUUGUGGAGUUUGAUAAGAAUAAAGAUGGCUACAUCAGUCACAAAGACCUGGGCGAGUGUAUGAGGACUAUGGGAUACAUGCCCACAGAGAUGGAGCUCAUUGAACUGAGCCAGCAGAUCUGGCAGUUUUCUCAUCAUUUUGACUCUAAUGGUGAUGGCCAGAUCAGUUUAACGGAGCUGCGUGAGGCCAUGAAGAAGCUAAUGGGAGAACAAGUGACUAACAGAGAGAUCAACGAGAUCCUCAAAGAUGCUGACCUGAACGGAGAUGGCCUGGUGGACUUUGAAGAGUUUGUGCGAAUGAUGUCCCGCUGACCAGUCCACGUGUCAGACAGACAUUACGCAACUGCCUGGCUAAGCAUCACACUACUCUGUAGUGGACAUCCUUCAUUUGCUCUUAAGAGCAUGCAUCUCAAAUUAUAUUUUUGUAUUAAAAAGUAAUGAAACAAAAAAACUGUUGUAGCUAACAAAGACUGCACAUGUACGAAUUUAAAGGUGUAAUAUGUACAGUAGAUAAAUAUGUCAAACAUAUCAGCAGCUUCACAUUUACCAUUUUCAGUUUUUUAGAUGUAUUUUUAUAUGAGUGUUUGUUCUUCGAGUGUAAAAGCUUGUUUGUAAAAUCAUAGACCUGUUUUUAAUUAAUAAAACAUAUAUAA